AUGAAACCGAAUUAUAAAGGGAAAAAAAAAUCAAAAGAACUAUCCUCUGAAGAUAGGGAUGAAUUGCCUCAUAUGAGUUUGUCAAAUAUGAUGACUGAUACGGACAUUGGUCGGGAUACUCCAGAUUCCUUUGCUUGUGGGAGCAACAAUCAAUGUUUGUUUGAUAGGAAAAAACAAUUGGAAAAAGAAAUGAAUCGAUGUGAAUUGGAACAUGAUAUGAUAUGCGUCUGGGGAGAGAACAAAGACCCUCACGUUAGCACACAUGUAACCGGUUGUAAUAAUUUUGUUACGAAAAUUCUUCUCGGCAGUCUUGCGAAUAGAAGGCCACAUCACGUGCGCUUUACCGACACCCUGAUAGAGUUGGAAUCGAUCCUAGGCGAGGAUGAUGGUGACAAUGAUACUCAUGAACCUCCAGCCAAUCUUGUUGCAAGUAUUCAUCCAAAGUUAGAUGCAUCUAUUGAUCAGCUUGAUGCAUUAUUUGGUGUUGAUGGUAAUACAGGAAUUCAAACAGGAACAGGGAUAAGUGCAUGUUAUAAUGAUUUUGAUGAAGAGUUUUCUGGUGAAGAAUCUAACAACGAAGAUACUUCAAAUAUAGAUUUAAAGAAUGAGAGUCCUCAUUUUAAAUUUUUUGUGAUUCCUGAUAACGUUCUCGAACUUGAAGAAGAUUUUAUGUUGCCUAAGGAAUACCUUGUUGGGAAAAGACCAGCCAUCGAUACGUCAAAAUUCACAUUUUUCCGUAUCCCUGAGGAAUUAUGCAAUGCUAAGUUGGAGUUUACUCUUCCUAAAGAAUACUUAUUAAAAUUUCGUCGUCAAAGAUUUACAUCUAGAAAUAGAAAUGCGAGUUCAUCAAAUACCACAAAUACGAAUUUAUCCAAGAUCAUUAAGUCUGACUCCUUUAAGAAAGUACAGACGCGUAUUAGAUCUUCCGGUAUUCGGUAUAAACCCAAGUUCAGAAGUCAGUAG